UCAUGAAUCGUUUGAAGUCGUGUCUAUUAAUUGUAUGUAUCUGGUUCUGCACAUGGGAUGGCGUGCUCAGCUUUCCAUCUACUACCGAGUCAUUAGUGGUAGAUACUGGCGAAAAUUCACCAAUAGAUAUACAUACAAAGGAGACAUAUGACAGUACCGAUCUCCAUAGCACCCCAAGGAUAACCGAGAUGCAUAUAAUUUCAAAUGUUAGCAAUCGUUUUGCGCAUACAAUUAUUAGAAGUAAAGUUAAAAAUUUUUCGAAUUCAUCUAAAGAGGCGACCUUUUCUGUUGUGUUACCUGACUCAGCUUACAUAUCGGGAUUUGUAAUGGAAAUAGAUGGUAAAAAUUAUACUGCGUAUGUAAAAGAGAAAGAAGAGGCAAAGAAAAUAUAUGAUGAAGCUGUUGCAAGUGGGAUAGGCGCCGCUCAUGUAGCUGUCGAUACAAGAGACUCAAAUGUCUUCACAGUGUCUGUUAACGUGGAACCAGAAUCUAAGGCAGCUUUUUAUUUAACAUACGAAGAACUACUAAAUAGACAAAAUGGAUACUAUGAGCUUGUUAUUAAUAUACGACCAGGACAACCCGUUAAACAACUGGGAGUGGAGGUUAAACUAGCAGAGAGUCGUCCUAUAAAAUAUGUUAGAGCGCCACCUCUCCGUACUGGUAAUGAAAUUGGUUCUGAUAAAGAAGAAUUAGAUCCUAGAGCAAAUGUGGAAUUAAUAAAUUCAACUUCCGCAGUAGUAACUUUCAAUCCUUCUAUUCAAAGACAAAAGGAACUUGCUAAGCAUUUAGGAACUGAAGCGAAUGAUGGCCUUGCUGGUCAAUUUAUAGUUCAAUAUGAUGUUGAAAGAGAUCCCUUAGGAGGAGAAGUUUUACUGGACGAUGGUUAUUUUGUUCACUUUUUUGCUCCCAGUGAUUUAGAUCCAUUGCCAAAACAUGUGGUCUUUGUUUUGGAUACUAGUGGCAGCAUGUUUGACAGAAAAAUUGCCCAAUUGAAAGAAGCCAUGAAAAGCAUAUUGGAAGAGCUUAAAAGUUCUGAUAAAUUUAAUUUAGUUGAAUUUAAUACCGAUGUAAAGGUAUGGAAUUUACAGAAUGGUACAGAAAGUACGCUGUAUCCUCCAGGAGGAGCAUCAUGGGCCUAUGAGGGGACAAAUGUUAGCUUAGAGGAUAUUCGAUUUCCUCCAGCUUAUUCAGUUAAUAAAGAAAACAUAGAAAAGGCAAAAAAUACAGUGUCAGGUUUUGAACCGAAUGGAGGAACUAAUAUCAACGAUGCACUUAAAGUUGCAUUGCAUUUAAUUGAAGCUGAGCGGAAGAGUAAUAAGGGUUCCGAUAAGUUGCAGCCUUUGAUCAUAUUUUUAACGGACGGAGAACCUACUGUAGGAGUUUAUAGCACUGAUCAAAUAGUUGCCGAGAUUUCUGAAUUCAAUCAAGGUAGAAGAAAGUCUGUCCUUUUCUCUCUUUCUUUUGGAGAAGCAGCUGAUAAGAAAUUUCUUCAAAAGCUGGCUCUUCAUAACUCAGGCUUUUCAAAACAUAUUUAUGAAGGCGCAGAUGCAUCUUUGCAACUACAAGGAUUUUAUAAACAAAUUUCCUCUCCGCUUUUAGCUAAUGUCACCUUUAAAUAUGUGCCAACUGUAACUGGGGUGACAAAGACAAUAUUUCCGGUACUUUUCAACGGGUCAGAGAUAGUGGUAGCAGGACGUUACGAACAGCCGCCAUCUGAAUCGCCAGAAAAUGGAAAAGAUGAUGUUAUAGCCUUAGAUGUGGUUGCGUUUUGCGGAACCGGAUUAAUAAAUUUAAAACCGAUCUACGAAAGGCCAGUAACUGGUCUGCAGCGCAUUUGGGCUUAUCUUACAGUAAAACAGUUAUUGGAGGAAAAGGAAAUUUCAAAAAAUCCUGAUGAAUUAAAGAAAAAAGCUCUCGCUAUUGCUCUACAACAUUCGUUUGUGACUCCCGUUAGUUCACUUGUUGUGGUAAAACCAAAUGAAACAAGGCCUGUCGAUGCAGAAUCUACUCAAAACAGCCAGGAUAGGGCGUUUUACCUUCAGAGUUCCAUGAAAGCUGGUUUUCCAGUGAGAGGAUAUCCAAUGAGUCUUCCGAAUUUCGCACAAAUUAGCGCAUUUUCCUCAUUUGAUCCUGUAGCACCAAUUGCAUAUGACUCAGAAGAUUCUGCUAUCACAAUGCUGCCUGCAACAGAUGAUCCGUUAAGUUCAUUUCCAUGGUUAAAAGAUGAACUUAGUGAAAAUGGAACAAUUCAUUUUCCAACAGGUGACUUUGAGUUAAGUUUUAAUGCUACUGUGCCAACCCACGCUUGUUCAAAUGCACCACCUUUGAACGCUUCUGGAAAUUGCACUCUUAUAAGCAAUUGUGGUACCGCUUUGAUAUUUUUGAUGAAGAUUGAUGAUCUUAUAAAACACUUUUGUCCCCUAGACAAGUACAUUGGGGUAUGUUGUCCUGACGAUAUUGUUGUUCCAUAAAGCGCAGAUGAUACGAAAGUAUGUAUGUACUGUUACAGUAAUAUUUUUAGAAGUUGUAAUGCUCAUAAAUUAAUCUAACUAAUAAUGCGAAACUGUUUUGUAAGUAAUAAUUGAAUGUUACCAUGCGGUGUACAUAAUGAAUAAUGACAUGUAUGAUCAAAAUAUGAAUAAAGUGUCUACCCAUGUUUAAUGUUUA